CGGAGUUACUACAGCAGAACAUAGCUGUCUCCCUGCGAGUGGAAACAACAUGGUAUUUUUAAUCAGAAUAAUGUGCUAAAUGUGAAUUAGUGCUGAUAGUAUUCCAUGCUUACAUAUUACAUUUAAAGCUAGUAUUUGCAUAGUAUUGUUAGCAUUGUUCUAUGACGACUAUUGACGAAGUCCUACACACAUUUUUUUUGAGCAACUCCUGCGAUUUGGAGAAGAGACAUGGCUAGCAGCAGCAGUGUAGAUAUGGACCCUGAUGUUGCUCGGAGGCUGUUUGAAGAGGGAGCUACCCUGGUGUUGCUCGGGGUUCCGCAGGGUACAGAGUUUGGCAUUGACUGUAAGAGUUGGCAGGUUGGUCCCCGCUUCCGGGGAGUUAAGAUGAUCCCUCCUGGGCUGCACUUCCUUAACUACUGCUCUGUCAAUCCACCGAGCUGCGGAGGAGAAGUUGGUCCAAAGACAGGCUUGUUCCUCAAUCUCAAACCUAAGGACGUCCUCCUGGCGAACUGGAACCCCAAAGAGGAGGAUCUGGACUUCUCUGCUUCCCAGAACGAGGAGGAAGUGAGUCGAAUCAGAGCGAAUCUCCAAGAUCUAGACCCGUUCCUCGGACCCUAUCCUUAUGAGGUGAUGAGGAAGUGGGUGUCCCUCACAGACCGUCUGAGUGAGGAAGUGGCCAUCAACUUACAGCCUCUUUCAGGUCGAGUAUGUGCCUAUAGCGAUGUUGUUCCUGAGACCGAGUUCAGACACACCAAGGACCGUGCCGACCAGCCGAGGAACGACACGGCCUGCCAGACCAUGAGAGAGGGUCUUGACAGGCUUCCCAAGAUGAAGGAGAGGGAGGGGACACAGCUGCGCUUCUCUGUCAUCCCGGAGAAGACUUAUCCUCCUGGUGCCACGCCGGCACAAAUCACUCAGUGCAGCAUGGACCACACGUACGCCCUGGAGAUUGUGAUUGAAAAGAACCACCAGCAGAAGCCUCUUAACUUGCUCGGUGAGCUUCAGUUUGCCUUUGUGUGUUUCCUUAUUGGGAAUGUGUAUGAAGGCUUUGAGCACUGGAAGCGUCUUCUGUCCCUGCUGUGUCGAUCAGAGGUGGCCAUGCAGAAGCACAAGGAGCUCUACCUGGGGCUCAUUGCUGUGCUCUACCACCAGCUGGGAGAAAUCCCUCCUGACUUCUUCGUUGACAUCGUGUCUCAGAACAACUUCCUCACCACCACACUGCAGGACUUUUUCCAGUUUGCCAGUGGGCCGGGAGUGGAUGGCACGCUCCGCAAGCGAGCAGAGAAGUUCAAAGCCCACCUGACCAAGAAGUUUUCCUGGGAUUUUGAUGCGGACUUGGAUGACUGCGCGCCUGUGGUGGUGGAGCUACCUGAGGGUCAUACUGUGGACUGAGUUCACACUUAUAAUGAGCACCAGGACCCUGAAACAUGGUACUGUGCAUGUCUAAGUAGCCAUCUUGUGUCAACCAAAAGUAACCUGCACAGUGUCUUGUUGUGUGACUUAUCUGUACACGCCAACUAUGCCAUCUAGUGGUGAGAUUAAAGUAAAGCCGGGUUUUUAGACUACAAUGCCUUGUCUGUAACUCUACCAAGGAGGCAGUUUUUAUGACAAAUAUUUCAUCUGUUAUGAUGUAUUAAUUACAGCUGUUACAAUGAGCUCAGUUGACAAAAAUCUUAACUGUUCUGUAAGAAAACACAUAUUUACUUUGUUGUGGGAACCAUUUGCACAAGUAAAUCUAAUUGUGAUCAGAAAAGGCAUUGCUAAAUGGGAUUGACUGAAGUCUACAAAAUAUCCAUCCAUCCAUUUUCUACCGCUUAUUCCCUUCGGGGUCGCGGCUACAAUCGGGCGGAAGGCGGGGUACACCCUGGACAAGUCGCCACCUCAUCCCAGGGCCAACACAGAUAGACAGACAACAUUCACACUCACAUUCAAAAUAUAUUUUGAUUAAAAAGUAGUGUAGUCUAGUUAGAAAUGAAACCGGCAAUGUGUCAUAUCGGCCUCGGCCACUAGAUGGUAGUCAUGGGUUUUAAAAAAACACUAGUUGGUUUUUCAUGAUCAAUAUUUUUUCUACAGCACCUUCAAAAGCAACAAAAGCUUUACAAGGGGUACGCCAGGGCAACUGGACUACUGUGCAAACAUGACACAAAACAAGCAGCAGUACGAUUAAAAUAGACAAUAAAACUAAAACACUCGUAAACACAAUAAGAGGAAAAUAAAUUAAUAGAUCAUGCUUUGUCAAAGAGGAGAAUGUUUAUGACAGUAUAUAGAUAAUGUUGAUCAUGAUAUUUUACAUUGAAUAAAGGCUGUUUUUCUAAGUUCUGUGCAGGAUAACUAAGUCGUGGGAUUCUUUACUCUUACAUAGAGCUGCCGUAGCUCCUAAAAUAGGUAAAACAGCAACAACAGCUGCUGCCCAUGCAGGGGUUGCCUACUGGAUUUUUUUUCAUAGGGUCCAUAAUACCUGGUGUCGCCUAUGUCUGCAUGGAUACAUGAUAUAACCUUGUUAUAUGCGCACUGCUUCUGUCCAUUCAGCAUUAAUGUCCUUUCUUGUAAUUAUUUGCUUCAGUCAACAGUUCCAUGAACUUUAUCCUUGAUUUGAUAUAAAAGUAGAACCCAAAUGUAAUUAUGCGAAUGGAAAUAACAUGAGUGUUGAUAGACACAUAGUAUCCACCAGGACACAUAAUACCGGUUAUUUGGGUUAUAAUGCUUGCCUCUUGCUGAUCAGAUUAAUAUUGUGGUCCGGUAUCAGACCACAGACUCCCCAUGUGAGUUGUUAUUUUCCUUUCGUUUGCAACUUAAUGGAGCGACUGGUUUGGAUGAAAUGGCAGGAAACCUGUAGUAAACAUUUGUGGGCUCUUUUUCCUGUCUGAGGUUGAAAUGGGAUGUUGUCAGUGCACACAAUAUCCAGAAUGACACAACUGGGACAUAUUUAGUGGUCCAGCCCCUCUUAUAGUGAUGGAAUUACACUCUACAGCAAGAUGACUCAAUUGUGCCACAUCUAUUCACCUCCACUGCAGUGCCCUGCUAUAUUUCUGGUGUUGUUUGUGGCAUUCACCUUGAGGGACUCAAGUAUGCUGUUCUAUUUGUGGUGAAAAGUUUCUCCAUUAGAUGUCUGCUGGCUGUUUGACCUCGGGCCACAAGGUAGGCGCACAUGUCCUGCCUACCGUGCACUCAAACACACUGCUUGUUCUAACUGCACUAAAAACAGGUUGUGUGACUUCCUGACUAUGCAUUUUAAUAUGAAUUAUUUGUGACUGAACGUAUCUGGUGUUUCACCAUGGGUGUAUAAUACCUAUCAAUUAUUCAUGCGCUUGUGCUUUUUGAACACUCAUGUUUUCCCAAAACUCAACAUAUUUUAGUCUUUAUACUGUGCACUGCAUGCAUAUGCAUAUGAGAAAUAUUUGUGAUUGUACAACACAUGCGCUCGGGAUCUUUCUGUGUGGAGUUUGCAUGUUCUCCCCGUGACUGCGUGGGUUCCUUCCGGGUACUCCAGCUUCCUCCCACCUCCAAAGACAUGCACCUGGUGAUAGGUUGAUUGGCAACACUAAAUUGGCCCUAGUGUGUGAAUGUGAGUGUGAAUGUUGUCUGUCUAUCUGUGUUGGCCCUGUGAUGAGGUGGCGACUUGUCCAGGGUGGACCCCGCCUUGCGCCCGAAUGCAGCUGAGAUAGGCUCCAGCACCCACAAGCGGUAGAAAAUGGAUGGAUGGACACUCUUAUAUGCAUAUGCAUAUAAGAGACAUUUGUGAUUGUACAACACAGUCGGCCCAACACCUCAUGACAAUAAAACCAAAGAAUCAAAGAAUGGUUAGUAAAAUACACAGUGGCCCAAUCCAAAAAUCUGAAUAUUGUUUGCAGUGUGACGCUCAUUUACAUAUAGGCUACUUUUCAUAUUUGAAUCGAUUAAAGUACUCAACGGCACCAAUUUUUGGUA